AGUCGUGACCUAGUGGCGUUAAAUAAGGUCGGCUGCUUGCAAACCUUCGGUUUAAAACUUUUCGACUUAUAAUUCGAUUCGAUUUACUUAUCCAAAUUACGAAAACGCAUUCGCGAUAUUAAUUUAAACUCAUUGGUAUCAUUUAAGCGCGUCCAGGCGACAGAUAAUUCCACAUCGAAUAAAUUAUAAAAAGACGAGAAUGUUGCGUUCAUUGAGUACAACACGAAAAGAACUCGGCGCUCUACGCGCUGUCUUCCUCCGGUCUCAGGCUGUGCGACGUGGGGCCAACUAUGGAGUGCGUGCUCUGAGCAACACCUGUCAUCUACAGGCAAACAGCUCAACGUUGAACAAACCGAUCCUUAGCAAACCCCAAGUGCUGUCGACAUGGGGCUACAACUUUGCCCGUUCCUACGCCAGCCUGCCGGAGCACAUACGCGUACCUCUGCCCGCUCUGUCACCCACAAUGGAACGCGGAUCCAUUGUCAGCUGGGAGAAGAAGGAAGGCGACAAGCUUAACGAAGGCGAUCUGCUGUGCGAGAUUGAAACUGAUAAGGCUACCAUGGGCUUUGAGACUCCAGAGGAAGGUUAUCUGGCCAAGAUAUUGGUUCCCGGUGGCAGUAAGGAUGUGCCGAUUGGUCAAUUGGUUUGCAUCAUUGUGCCCGACGCGGAGAGCGUAGCUGCCUUUAAAGAUUUCCAGGAUACCGGAAGUGCACCAGCUGCUGCACCAGCAGCCGCUGCUCCACCCCCACCAGCGCCUGUGGCCGCUGCCCCAGUUGCCGCCGCAGUUGCACCACCACCACCGCCACCACCAGCUGCCGCACCAGCAGGUAGUCCAGCACCCCCAAGUGGCGGUCGCGUCUAUGCUAGUCCCAUGGCCAAGAAAUUAGCCGAAACUCGACAGAUGCGCUUACAAGGCAAAGGUUCUGGUGUCCAUGGCUCACUUAAAUCUGGUGAUCUUGCAGCCGCACAACCAAAACCAGCACCCGCCGCCGCCGCUGCGAAGCCAGGAGCUCCUGCUGCCUUCAAGGACAUCCCACUGACCACUAUGCGUUCAGUGAUUGCCAAACGCCUGCUCGAGUCUAAGCAAAAUCUGCCACACUAUUACGUGACUGUCGAAUGCGAAGUCGACAAGCUAUUGAAGCUGCGCGCCAAUGUGAACAAGAAGUACGAGAAGGAAGGCGUUCGUGUUUCCGUCAAUGACUUCAUUAUCAAGGCAGUGGCAACAGCUUGCCGCAAGGUGCCCGAAGCGAACUCGGCGUGGAUGGAUACUUUCAUCCGGGAAUACAGCGAUGUCGAUGUCUCAGUGGCCGUAUCCACAGACAAGGGCCUCAUCACUCCCAUUGUCUUCAGUGCCGAUCGCAAGGGUGUCGUAGAAAUCUCGAAGAGCGUCAAGGAGCUGGCCGGCAAGGCGCGCGAUAACAAGCUGCAGCCACAUGAAUUCCAGGGUGGCACCAUCUCUAUUUCUAACUUGGGCAUGUUUGGUGUCAACCAAUUCUGCGCUGUCAUCAACCCCCCGCAAUCCUGCAUCUUGGCCAUUGGCACCACAACGAAAAAGCUCGUGGCGGAUCCCGACAGUCUCAAAGGCUUCAGGGAAGUUAAUGUUCUGACCGUUACGCUGAGCGCUGAUCAUAGAGUGGUCGAUGGUGCCGUGGCUGCCGUUUGGCUGAAACACUUCCGUGAAUUCAUGGAGGAUCCACAGACAAUGAUACUGUAAAUGAAUCACCUCAAUGCGGAUCAGAUAGCUAGGAAAGAGUGAAGCCACACUCUGGAGAGUGGCAUUUACUCUGUCAACAUGCCAUUCUGCUGCUGCCAAGCAUAAUAGCUCCUGGUUCAUAUAACGUCUGCACUUUCGAUGUUAUAUAUAAAAUAUUGUAUAUUAUUUUUUUAAAAUUGGCUUGCUGUCCCUAUAAGAAUCCACGUUGUGCGUUUUAAAGUCGAUUUGGCACUAACUUGGUUUUUAAAUCUAUGAAACAUAAAUAAUAAUGUGUAAUGUAGUAAAAUUGAUCGUACAUAAUAAUAAUAAUCGAUAUUAUUUACAUACUCGACACGCCAACGAAAUACAACUCAAAUCAGAAACUCAAAUCCCAUUUAUAACACAAAACACACCGCUUAAGCAGCCGUUAAAAUUUUUGUUGACUAAUAAUUUUGUAUGUGACACUUCAUAUUAUUUUAGAGGAACAUUGCAAUACCCCAAAAACUGUUGAAUAAACAAAUUACAAUGUAAUCUAUUUUAAAUUUA